AUGUCUGCUCCAACACAAGUCACCGCUCAGCGCACCGAAGCCUUCUUCCGACUCUGCAACGACAGAAACGCCAAAUCGCCAUACCUGCGCACCAAACCCCGCAUCAUCGAGGCUCUAGGCCUCCUCGGCGUCCCAUCCCAGAAAGCCAGAGUGAUCAUGGAACGAGUGGUGCGCAUCUGGCAGCGUGACGGCCCGACCAACCUGCGCACGAGAGAGGGCCAAAAGCGACGAGAGGACACGACCGCCGAAGUCAGCACCAUCUACCCAGAGGUCUUUGCCAUGCCUUGCAACGGACCCGAGGAACGGCUGUUCGUCAGGGAAAAGGCGAUCCAUGCCAUGAUCUGGUAUGCCACGUCGAGGACCCGGCCCCAGAGACGACGGGGGGCCAGGCGGGCGGCACAGCAGUCCCAGACUCAGGCACAGCAGUCUCAGACUCAGGCACAGCAGUCUCAGACUCAGGCACAACAGCCUCAGACUCAGGCACUACAGUCCCAGACUCAGGCACAACAGUCUCAGACUCAGGCACUACAGUCCCAGACUCAGGCACAACAGUCUCAGACUCAGGCGGCGACCAACAACUAG